UUUUUGGGCUACUGUCUAUCCAUGACCUCAUAUGUCCCGUAAUCAUGCAGAGUCCAUAUUCUUCUCAGUGACAAGAAGCAGUGAAAUCACAUUAUCUCUGCCUCUAAGCAGAUAAAUGUCCCUGACUUGCCUUUACUGAGUUUGGAUUUUUCUUACUUUCCACCCAAAACCAUCAUACCCAACAUUGGCUGUCAGCAAGAUCCAAGUUAAACAUGAUAUAUGGGAUAUACUACAGUCUGGGAAUUGUUUUCUGGAAGCAGCCUGAGGCUAAAGAAUAAAAGACCCCCAGCCUGAACAGCAGAGACAUACAAAAAGCUGCGGAGAUGACCUGUACUACCUUUCUCCUGCUGGUGCUCAUCCUGACAAAUGGCGGGUUCUGUAAAGUGUGCAGUUAUCAGGAUGUUCUGGACUACCUGAACCUGACCGCAGACAGCAGCUUGUUUAAAAUAACCCGGCCCGUUCUGGACCACACACACAUCACUGUGGUGAAGCUGGACCUUAUCGUCUAUGCCAUCCUGGCAGUGGUUGAAAAAACACAAACCUUUGUUCCUUUCAUCUGGGGAUCAAUGCAGUGGAAGAAUGAACUCAUCUCAUGGGAUCCAGCUCAGUUUUGUGGAAUCACUCAGACUUCAGUUCCUAGAGACCUGCUCUGGAAACCAGAUCUCUUCAUCUAUGAGAUGAUAGAGAAGGACAACUCCCCAGGAAAUCCAAAUGUAGUUGUGAAUUUUGACGGAACGGUCAUUGCUGGCGAUGACAUCCGCGUGGUUAGCACCUGCAAGAUGGACGUCUACAAGUUCCCCUUUGACACUCAACAAUGCAACAUAUCCCUCGGUUCUGGAGUAUACUGCAUAAACGAAAUGCGAAUUAUUCCCUAUUCAAACUCCUCUCGGGUCACUGAGUUUUCACAGGAGAUCAUGAAGACCCAAGGAGAGUGGGAGUUCCUUCAUCUGACUGUCAGCAACUCCACUCAUACUCAUGAAAACAGGAGCUGGGAUGUGCUGACAUACACAGUCACCAUAAAGAGAAGGCCCCUCCUCCAUGUCAUAAAUUUCUUAUUGCCCAUCCUAUUCUUUCUUAUUCUGGAUUUCGCCUCCUUUUUUAUCUCGGACCAUCGUGGGGAGAAGCUAGGCUUUAAAGUAACAGUUCUGUUAGCCAUCUCUGUCCUCCUCCUCAUCCUCAAUGAAAUCCUGCCGGCCAUGUCCAACAAGACUCCACUGAUAGCAACCUAUUGCAUCGUGAUUUUUGCUCUGAUGUUGGUGAGCCUUUUGGAGACGAUCCUGGUCACCUAUCUGAUUGAAAAAGAUGAGAUCCGUUCCCAGGAGACAAAAAAGAAAAAACUUAACAAUACCAACACUAAUAACGAUGAAAAAGGAGAUGAGAAGCGUGUUGUCUGUAACAGCAUCUGCAGAGAGUCAGAGAAAGAUAAUCAGCAUGAGCUUCUUCCUGCACUUGAAGAGGUUUACAGCAGCCUUCAGUCAGAAGAGUCUCGCAUGCUGCUCUUGAUCCUGGACGAGCUGCAGAAGCUGCAGAAAAAAGUUUACAUUCAUCUGGGCGGCAGAGAUGAGAAAAUGAAAUUUGUGUCCUGGGCCAAAAGGAUCAACAGAUAUUUCUUUGUUUGCUACACCAUCACCAUUUCCCUCUUUCUGUUCCUCAUCUGGAGAGAAUGGAAAUCCUAGAAAUAUGAGCAAAUUGCUUCCAACAGAUUCUUUAUUGUAGAUCUAACCUGUGUAUGUUGAUUUGUAAAAGGUAUCAGUGGUGAUACUAUUUAGUUUCACUAAAUUCACAAAGCAGAUUGAACUGAAUACAUGCGGCAAAGCUAUUUAAGUCCCACAGGCGUGACAGAUUUUACACUAGUUUUUAGACACAGAACAUCAAUAUAUCAACUCAAACAAAUAGAUUUUUUCCCCAACAAAGAGCUCAAUAUGAAGCUGAAUAUUAUACACUGCAAAAACCUUCUAAGAAUGAGUAAAUCUUUCUUAAAAUAAGUUUAUAUAUUCUAUC